AUGUUGAAAAAUUACUCUAGUGCCACGGAAUUUUAUUUCCUUGGCUUCCCUGGCUCUAAAGAACUACACAAUAUUCUCUUUGCCACCUUCUUUUUCUUCUACUCUGUGUCAUUAAUUGGAAACAUGGUCAUCAUCUUUAUGGUCUGUGUUGAUAAACGUCUUCAGUCCCCCAUGUAUUUCUUCCUGGGUCACCUCUCUGUCCUAGAGAUGCUGACCACAACUGUGACUGUCCCCUUGAUGCUCUGGGGUCUGCUCCUUCCUGGGAUGCUGGUAGUAUCUUUGACUGCAUGCUGUACACAACUGUAUUUGUACCUGUCUUUCGGAACGUCGGAGUUGUUAUUAUUCGCUGCCAUGGCUGUGGACCGUUACGUGGCUGUUUGUAACCCUCUGCGGUACACCAUCAUUAUGAACAGCCACACCUGUCUCUGGGUGGUAAUUGGGUCCUGGGUAUUUGGCUUCCUGUUUCAAAUCUGGCCAGUCUAUGCCACGUUUCAUCUUACUUUCUGCAAAUCAAAUGUGCUAGACCAUUUUUACUGUGACGGAGGACAGUUGUUCAAACUAUCAUGUGAUAAAGGCCGUUUCACAGAGCUUUUGCUGUUUUUAAUGUCUAUUUUUGUUCUUUUUGGUUCUUUGAUGCCUACAAUUAUCUCCUACACCUACAUCAUCUCCACCAUCCUCAAGAUCCCUUCAGGCUCUCACCGCUGGAAAACCGUCUCUACAUGUGCCUCCCACUUCACCUGUGUCAUGAUCGGCUACAGCAGCUCUUUGUUCCUCUAUGUGAAACUCAACCAAACACAGGCAGCUGAGUACAACAGAGUGGCAUCACUGAUGGUUUUAGUGGUGAACCCUUUUCUGAACCCUUUUAUCUUCACCCUCCGGAAUGACAAAUUCACAGAGGUGUUUCGAGACGUCAUGAGAAGCUGCUACCAACUCCUCAAGGAUUAGCUAUGUCAUAAGGACCAGCAUGGACUCAUCAUCUUGGGCCUGAAUAAGCUGAGAGCUCUGAUUAAUCAUUUUCAUCAUCAAGUAGUUUAUGAUCUACAAUGUGACUUUUAGCUUUUAAUAAUCACCUCCUUAUUUUUCAGUGGAUAUAUUCAUUUAUACACAUUAUUCUAGUUAAAAUACAUCUCACAAAAUAAAUUUAAUGCAACUUCUUUGGUAUUCCAGUGGUAAAGAAUCCACUUGCC